AUGUCGACUCGUUCUUCAUCACCACUCUCCAACUCCUCUUCCGUCUCUCCAUUGAAAAGAAAGGCAAUGUCGGUCACUCAAACCUACUACCUCGCUCACACAGCCCGGGGCAAGCUCUCUCAUGAGGCUGCUCGCUCGGAUCACAACCUCAGACUCCUCGUCGGCCAUGCCAACCUUCUCGAUUCCCUGAUGCUCGAGCUCGCAGAGGCAGAACAAGAACAAGAGAGCUGGUUCAACCAAUCGGUCAAGAAGGCUACAAAGACAGAAGGACCAAAGCAUAUCCAAUGGGCGGAUACCAUUGUCGAGGACCCAGAGGAGGAUUGGCAAGCAGAGGACGUAGAGGAAUCAGACAGCGAUUCUGAAUAUGACAGCGAUGAGGAUAUCGAGAUGGCUUCACACAUGGCAACAUUACAACGCGUAGCAUCUCGACAACAGGUGACCGCAGUGGAGGAAGUAGAGGAGGAAUUCGAGGACGAUGAGGAGGAAGACUACGCCUCAUUAUCUUUACACCGAACCAACUCCCACUCCGCUACAUCACCACCAGAACUCGACUCGGAUUCAGACUCGUCAGAAGACGAAUCAAUGCCACCAUCUCCACCAUCAACAUCGCUCCCAACAUUCUCAGAAAAGGAACGCCGCCAGAUCGCAACCACAUCCUACUACUCCAAGUCACAACCAACAGAAAGCUCAAACUCAAUACCCGCCUAUGAGGAGAACUUCUACCUCCCUCAGCGGGGCCCGGGUCUCGUAAGCGCCAUCAGCGUCUAUUAA